AUGGCAGGGGAAGCCAGGUUUGUUCUAACCGAGUGAUGCGAAUAGGCAUUUGCUACGAUGGUCGGGGGGGAAGGCUUCCACGAAUCUGGAAUCUCGUUGUCUGUAUGCAGUAAUUUGGCCGGGGGUGGUCGAGGGCAGCCUGAGUUGAGAGAAGUUAGAUAGACAUGAACGCACAAUUAAAACAAUUUAAUAUCGAGUCUUUCAGCCAGUAAAAAACCCCAGCAAAGGAACUUUUGGAGUCGGUUUGACUGUUUCUUCGUGAGCUAAUGGAUUUAUGAAAACGACGAACGGAUCUUCUAUCGCUUCUAAAAUCUCUUAGAAUUGAAGUGGGAAUAUUGCACACCUUUUCGUGCCGAAAGGUACAACUAGACUUCAUCACAUUUUAUAGUAGCUAGUGUAGUCAUAUCCUACAUGUUUUUUUUUCUGCGUUUUUACCUUGUACAUUUGAAGGUCUGGGAUUGGGGCAGACCUCUCCCUGGAGGAAGCUUUCUUUUGAUGCUUUGCGCAUUGUUUUAUUUUCUUUUGGGCAAGUUGGGUAAACGUGGGGAAAGUAUAAUAUAUUGUGAAAGUUUCCUCGUUUAAUACUGCAUAUUCACGGGUUAAAAUAAACUACUUUGGAUAUUCAAGCUUUUGUAAAAGAAAAAAUUAACAUCAAAUCUCGGAGUACAACAUUUUUCUACGCUGGCAGUUUCGUCGCCCCUCGAGGGUUUUGUCAAAAAGUUUGGCACAGUGAAUGCCUCAGUGCUGAUGCCCCAGUGGUCCGGAUGGAGUUCCAGUCACAGAGUAAUCAACAGCUGUAGCGCACCCCACAGGAUGUUGGCGGUGCAGAGUAUGCUGGUGGUUCUGGCCUUUCUUGCCCAGAUUUUACCCUCCCAGGCCCGGCCUGCCAUCCCAGAUGAAGUCGUCUCUGCACCACCUGUGAAAAUCCAAGCGGAGCUUUACACCCUGUACCCUGGAGACCGACUGGAGCUGAAAUGUAGCACUGAGUCAGUCAACUGGACCAAGGACGACACAUUGGUGGUGGAUGGGGAGCACACACGUUUACGAGACGGCCAACUGGAGAUCGAGGGGGUGGAGCCGGCUGACUCGGGCCUGUACACCUGCUUCGCCUUUGGCAACCACAGCUCCUACUUCUCUGUCAAUGUCACAGUUGAUAUCCUGGCGUCCUCUGAAGAUGAAGAAGAGGAGGAUGAGUCUUCCUCAGAGGAGGCAAAGCUGUCUAGCAGUCAAAAGCUUUUGCCAAUGGCCCCUCAGUGGGCUCAGCCAGAGAAGAUGGAAAAAAAGUUGCAUGCUGUCCCAGCCAGUAAGACUGUCAAGUUCCGCUGCCAGGCCAGUGGGAACCCUACCCCAACACUCAAGUGGUUCAAGAACGGCAAGGAGUUCAAGAGGGAUCAGCGCAUCGGGGGGCUUCAAGGUUCGAGAACACAUGUGGACCAUAAUCAUGGAGUCUGUAGUGCCAUCCGACAAGGGAAACUACACCUGUGUAGUAGAAAACCAACAUGGAAGCAUUAACCACACUUACCAGCUGGAUGUUGUUGAGCGUUCCCCCCACAGACCCAUACUGCAGGCGGGACUGCCAGCCAAUAACACUGCGGUGGUGGGCAGUGAUGUGGAGUUUGAGUGUAAGGUGUUCAGCGACCCCCAGCCUCACAUCCAGUGGCUGAAGCACAUCGAGGUCAAUGGAAGCCGCGUGGGCCCUGAUGGCUUACCCUACGUCCGUGUCCUCAAGCACUCUGGGGUUAAUAGCUCGGACACUCAGGUGUUGACCCUCUACAAUGUCACUGAGGAGGAGAGCGGGGAGUAUAUAUGUAAAGUGUCCAAUUAUAUAGGCGAGGCCAAUCAGUCAGCCUGGCUGACCGUCAUCAGGCAUGAGGCCCAAGCAGUCCCCCCUUCUCCACCACCCAACCAAACCUACCUGGAAGUGCUGAUCUACUGUGUGGGCUUCUUCCUCAUUGCUGUCAUGGUGGCCGUGGCCAUCAUCUUAAAGAUGCGCAGCUCGUCCAAGAAGAGUGACUUCAGCAGUCAGCUGGCUGUCCACAAGCUGGCUAAAAGCAUCCCCCUGCGCAGACAGGUAACAGUGUCAGUGGACUCUAGCUCCUCCCUCCACUCCGGGGUGAUGUUGGUGCGGCCCUCCCGCCUCUCAUCCAGCGGCUCUCCUAUGCUGUCUGGGGUCUCUGAGUACGAGUUGCCCCAGGAUCCACGCUGGGAGCUGCCCAGAGACCGACUGGUGCUGGGAAAACCCUUGGGAGAAGGCUGCUUUGGCCAGGUGGUGAUGGGAGAGGCUGUAGGGAUGGACAAAGAGAAGCCAAACAGGAUCACCAAAGUGGCCGUGAAGAUGCUCAAAUCUGAUGCUACAGAGAAAGACCUGUCAGAUCUGAUCUCCGAGAUGGAGAUGAUGAAGAUCAUUGGGAAGCACAAGAACAUCAUUAACCUGCUGGGAGCCUGUACCCAGGAUGGUCCUCUCUAUGUUAUUGUGGAGUAUGCCUCCAAGGGAAACCUCCGGGAGUACCUGAGAGCUCGGCGUCCACCAGGCAUGGAGUACUGCUACAAUCCUGACCAGGUGCCCAUAGAGAACAUGUCUAUCAAAGACCUGGUGUCCUGUGCCUACCAGGUGGCCCGCGGCAUGGAGUACCUGUCCUCUAAGAAGGUAACAUCAGGAUCCGACUCUACGUACAUCAGCACAUGUAUCCACAGAGACCUUGCUGCACGCAACGUACUGGUGACUGAGGACAAUGUGAUGAAGAUUGCAGACUUUGGCCUGGCCAGAGAUAUCCACCAUAUUGAUUACUAUAAGAAGACCACCAAUGGUCGUUUGCCAGUCAAGUGGAUGGCCCCAGAAGCUCUAUUUGACCGGAUAUACACGCACCAAAGUGAUGUAUGGUCUUUCGGGGUGCUGCUGUGGGAGAUCUUCACACUGGGGGGCUCGCCGUACCCGGGGGUUCCUGUGGAGGAAUUGUUCAAGCUGCUGAAGGAGGGCCACCGCAUGGACAAGCCCUCCACCUGCACCCAUGAACUAUACAUGAUGAUGAGGGACUGCUGGCAUGCUGUUCCCUCUCACCGGCCCACGUUCAAACAGCUGGUGGAAGACCUGGACCGCACCCUGGCCAUGACGUCCAAUCAGGAGUACUUGGAGCUGUCUGUGCCUCUGGACCAGUAUUCCCCCAGCUACCCUGACACACGUAGCUCCACCUGCUCCUCGGGCGAGGACUCGGUCUUCUCCCACGAUGCUGGUGCUGAGGAGCCCUGCCUACCAAAGUUCCCUCCCCACUCCAACGGGGUGGCCAUCAAAAAGCGCUGAUACCUCACUCCCCUCAAAUACCAAAUAUUCCUUUUCCUGUGUUCUCCUCUGCACAACUGGCCUGGUAUGGAUAUUUCCCACCCUCCCAGAGACUACGUAACACACCAGUGGAGAUUGUGAAGGGCUUACUUCGGAAAUGUUUAAACCGACCGGUAGGGCAUCAAGAACUAAAGGAAGGCUGGCUCGUGGUUGAGGUGGAAAUGUUUUUAGGGCACUUUGAAUUGCUGGGAUUUUCUUUCUGUUUGUGUCAAACAGUGCAGGAGAAAGAAACACUCACUAAUUUCUCUACUCUGAGCAUUCCACUGAACAAGGGAAACAGACAGGAUUGAAUUGAAAGGAUUAUGAAAUGGAUGGAUCAGAGUUAGAAUUAUGUCUGUUGUAUUUGUUAAUCAAUAAUAAAUGACCAAUUCCAGAGAAUAUAUUACCAAGGGACAUUCAUACAUUGUAUACACUAUAUAUACAAAAGUAUGUGGGCAUGCUUUCAAAUAAGUGGAUUCGGCCAUUUCAUCCACAUCUGUUGCUGUCCGGUGAAUAAAAUCGAGCACACAGCCAUGUAAUCUUCAUAGACAAACAUCAGCAGUAGAAUGGCCUUACUGAAGAGCUCAGUGACUUUCAACGUGGCACCGUCAUAGGAUGCCACCUUUCCAAUAAGUCAGUUUAUCACAUUUCUGACCUGCUAGAGUGGCCCCGGUCAACUCUAAGUGCUGUUAUUGUAAAGUGGAAAUGUCUAGGAGCAACAACGGCUCAGCCGUGAAGUGGUAGAACACACAAGCUCACAGAAUGGGAGUGCUGAAGUGUGUAAAAAUCCUCGGUCCUUGGUUGC